AUGGGACACCUAGCCCAUUCUACCGAUGUGCAGGUUUUCCAGCUUGAGGAUGAGACAUCUAUUGAUGCUCUUACAACGAGAGUAGAGACUUGUGAGAGUCGACAGGAGGUUAUUUCUGAGGUGAUGGCUUUAAAAGUCGAGGUCUUAGAUUUGAGAAACGAUGUGGACUAUCUGAAGUCCACAGACUUUACUUCCCUCUUUGAGUCAGCAGUGGCUCAGGAUGUCCCAACUACUUUUGAGAUGCCUCCGACUACCACCAGAGAUGUGCUUAUGGAUGAUGUGGUUGUUGUUGAGUCAGAGGUGGGAACAAAUGAAGUACAUCUUAGGGAGCGAUAUGAGGCUAUUUUUGUGGAUCUGGCCGACUUGGAGGAUGCUAUGUUCUACACCAGCCGACAAACCUCUUUGAGAGACACCAUUAUGCCUGAUUCGAGUGCGGUUGCAGCUGAUGUUACACCAGACAUUGAUGCCCUGACAGAUGGAGCGACUGAGUAG